UUACCGACUUCAACGGUUAGAAGUACGCCUCAAUGAACUGUGUUAACUGUUUUGUUCUGUGUACACAUUUGAGGAUUGAUUGCUCUUGAGAUUUAAGGCUACAGCAGGAGAUGAAAGCGGAAGAAUCUGUUUACAACAAUAGUUUCCAAGUAAAUCUGGAGGAACUUAGAAUAUAUAAGAAACGCGCCCAGACUCGUUCUCUGACCACACCAAGCUGACAAAUAGUUACUAAGAAGGUGAAACCAAACAAAAUUUUGUGUGAUUUUGUGGUAUUUUGUUCCUCAUUUUGACUUUUAUUGAUGGCAUCCAGUGGAAGUUGGUUGCUUUUCUCCUUUAUGUUGGUAAUAUUCGCCUUGUCGUUUAGGACAUCUUUAUCUUUAAGAUGCGAACGAGGUGAAGGAAACUGUGUUGAAGAUGAGUUAGCUCUUGGUAGACAUCUCAAAAAACGUGCUAUACGGCCUCAAAAUUGUCGAUUUUCCUGCAUUGGACGAAAACGAGAAACGGACGAAAAGAAACCUCUAAAAAUUCCAGAAAAUGAGAAACUGUUAGUUGAUAAAGUAAUAGACGAUAUUUUACUCAAAAGAGAACCCGUAAAAAGGGAAAAAGUAUUAAGCUCUCGUCCUCCAUGUCAGCGCUUCUCCUGUGGUGGGAAAAAACGAUCGGCCAAGUCUCCAGAGAAUGAGAUUGGUACUGCGAACGAAAUGACGUCGAAGCGCAACCCAUUACGACUUGCUGGAUGUUCAAGUUUUGACGGCUGCAAAAGAAUUAUGGAAAAAGAGACAUUUUCUUUACCGAAAAAACUCCAGAACUCAGAGACGAAAAACCAACGACAAAAAGAAGGACAAGAACAAGAACAAGAUUCCAAAUCUAGCUGUUUUCGAUUUGGGUGCAAAAAAAGAGAACAAUCUGGGGAAGAAAGACCCGGUUUACCAGUUGCACCUAACGAGAAAACGCAAGAGGCUAUUCCUGCUGUAGAUCAAGAUAACAACCAGGAAACGCGAUGUUGGCGAUUUGGGUGUGGCAAGAGGAGUAAUCUCUUGCAAACUUUAGCUGAAAAAAUCUCUAAGAGAUUUAAUGAAAAGCCAAAUGAACUGAGGCAAUUUGGGCAAGAAAACCAAGAAAGGAAAACUCAAUAACUAUUGAUAACUGAUGAUGGCGUUAUCGCAUUGACGAAUUAACAAGGAUUAAGAGUACGUUGCCAGCCCCAGGCCAAGGUCACUCACGACAUUGGAGCUGAAAUAUUAAACAAUUUUAAAUCCUCUAAACGAAUUAACUCCUUUGAUUUAUAACUUGAUAAUGAACGAGUAGGGCGGUAUAAACUCAGUGUUUAAAGUUCAUGGCACUGCCUAUCAAUCAUCAUCGUUUUAUUUUAAUGUUUCAUUCUGAUAAGAUGACGUUUUUGGCUAUUAAAGAUGAUAUUACUGAAGUUUGGAUGUGAAAGAGACCACUCUUUGUCUUCUGGAAGUUAUUAAUUGUUUUCUUUUUAGUAUAGUUAAUGUAAAAGAAAUAAUAUUUUAUAGUACAAAUGUAUCACCUUGUCUAAUAUUAAUAGCAAUAUAAAACAUAAUAUGGUAACAGUUAUCGGACAUGAGACAAUAAAGGCCAAUACUCUCUUUC